AUGUCACUUCUCAUGUUCAUGGAUCCCGAAGCAAUAGCAGCAGUUGGAAAGUCGUCGCUUUCGCUCAAGGCGGUGGCCGUAGCCUUCAUGCCUAUUACGGUAGUAGCGCUGUCGUUGCGCUUGUAUGUGAGGACCUUCAUAGUCAAAGGAUUUGGGAUCGAUGAUAUGUUCUUGAUGGGAGCACAGGUCAAUCUGNNGUUUAUGGUGUUCUGCGGGUUUGCCAUCCAACUGAUCACUCUUGAGCACGAUCCGAAGAUAUUAGCGGACAUAUCUGGAGGAAUAAAGACUGCGUUAGUGGCCAUUGAGAAGAUAUAUAUGAGCUCUGUUCUAUUCACUCUCUUUUACGUUCUCAGCCUCAUCUUCCUCAAACUUUCACUCGCCUUUUUCUACCUUCGAAUUGUCGUUCAACAAUGGCAAAAGGUUGUCAUCUACAUCACUGUCACGACAAUGACCAUGUAUGGCCUUGCAUACUCUUUUACCUAUCUGUUUCGUUGCGGCGCGGACGUCAACCAUCAGAUUGUCCUCCGAGCACAAGGUAGAUGCAUACCAGAUCACACAUUACUCAUCAUGACCUACGUCUUUGGAAGUGUGGACACAUUGACGGAUUUCAUCUACGCCUUUCUCCCAAUCUACGUCUUGUGGAACUCGAACAUGCCGGUGGGGAUGAAGUUGACGGCUGGCUUCCUGCUCUGCAUGGGAUCCGUCAGCUCCGUCUGCGCUCUUGUCCGCGUCGCCACUCUCUCGAAUCUGACUACCGUUGACGGAUUCUUCAAGCAAGCGGUAGAAACGGGCAUCUGGAGCGUCAUUGAACCUGGUCUUGCCAUUGUAGCCACAUCACUGGCGGCGUGCAGACCACUAUGGAGGAAAUUCUUCGAGGACACGAGCACUGGGUCCUUCAUCAAGAAUACCUUCAUGUUCAGGUGGUCGGGGUCCAGGAAGAGUGGCGCUUCGUCGGACAGCAGUGGUUGCACCGACAAGCCCGUCACCAUCGGACGAGCCCAAGGACGAGCCAAUGGAUUCGGGUUUGUCGAGCGCUCUGAAGGAAACAAGGGCUUCAAAAAGUUCAACGACGACGAGUAUGGCGUUUCCAUGGCCACUGUCGCCGUUGGAGACGAUGANAACCCGACCGAGAUGCAAGAUCUCGGCAGACUAGAAGCACAAACGGAUUAUCUGGAAGACGAUGAUGAGAAUGACAGGAGGUCUUUGGUGAGGACGUCGAUGCCGCCGUCUGGCACGCAGAGCAGGUCGAACAGUGCAAAUAGGAAGAGCAGGUCAAACAGUGCGCAUCGACAAAGCAAGUCGAAGAUUUUCAAGACGAGGGACGUACGAGUGGAUAUUUCGAGGACGCCUCCUCCGCCUUGA